AUGGCAACCCACCUAAUACAAAUUGCAGAUAUUAAGCGUAGCGAUACUGCCAUUCUUCAUCGCAACCUUCAUCAUAAUCAUAACCCCGGAUCACGAAUAAAAUAUUCUUUUAUCACACCCAAGCCGAUACGCAUCGCAUCAGAAAACGCUGCCGGCGCCUAUCGCAAUUCGAACACAUACACAGCUUGUGAUAAGGAUGAUGUACAGCCUUUGAGGUUUAAAAAUGGCGGAAGGUUGUUUGUGUUGGGUUCCUACAACAGCGACGAAUUGGUGUCAACCCAUAGACUGCAAUCCGGUGAAGAUGACAACAGUGUAACAGCCUAUUCUGACUGCACCGCCAUAUGCGACACCGAUUCGCAGGAUGCGCCAACUUUCAUUGAUGCUACCGACACCGCAAAUGAUUGGCACGAAACCCAGUUGGUAGACAAGUGCAGGAUAUUGGCCGUCGGUGGCCGUGGAGGAGACGGCUGUGUAUCAUUCCGGAGGGAAAAGCAUGUGCCGCUGGGGGGUGCAGAUGGAGGAAACGGGGGUCCCGGAGGAUCGGUCUAUCUGGUCUGCGAUGACGCAAUGAGCAACCUUAACCCCGUCAAGCAAUUCUAUAUCUACAAGGCUGAAAGUGGGAAACACGGCCUAGGUGAUCGGAGGAACGGUGCCAAAGGUAACCACAGGUUCAUACCCGUCCCACCUGGCACUCACGUAUACAGCACGAGCGGGGAGUUGUAUGCAGUGCUGCAGAACAAAGGUGAUAAAUUGAUGAUCGUUAGAGGUGGCCGAGGAGGCAAAGGAAAUCGAUACUACAUGUCAAAAUUUAACCCUGCACCUUACGUUUGUGAACGCGGAGAAGCAGGAGUGACACGUGAAGUUAUUCUGAACUACAAAAUUAUAGGCAAUGUGGCGCUCAUCGGGAAGCCGAACUCAGGAAAGAGUUCACUGCUACGGUGUCUCAGCAACGCAAGGCCUAGAGUCGCCGAUUACGCAUUUUCAACGAAAUUCCCAAUCAUGGGAAUGCUUGAUGUCGAUGAAUUCGUUGACCAGAAUGAGGAAAGGGAUCAUGUAAUUGGCGGUGGUGAAUCACAUGUAGUUGGCCGAGAGGAUGAUGUAACAUGGGUGGGUGCGUCUAAUUCAGAAGAUGUGGAGAAUUCGUCAACUCAUUCGGAUGGUUUUGAUGUUGAUUAUAAUAUUAAUAGUAAUGAUAAUGAUAAUGACAAUGACAACUUCAUAGCUAACAAACCCAUUAUUGCAGAUGAAACUCAUGAACCCGAUGAAUUGGACAAAAGUUUUGAUAAGGAUGCAAUGGAAACCGAUCCAUCGGAUGCUCCAUCAAGCACAAUGAUGUUUAUGUAUGGCUACCGUUUCUCGCCCCAGUUGGAUUCACGCAUUGACGACGCGCGAACUGACAGUCGGCGGCAGCUUGCAGGUUCACGCACCAUAGCACGUGUUGAUGAUUCAGAAAGUGAAAGCACAGUAUUGAGAGGCGUGCAUGUCAAAAGGGUAUCACCGCAGAGUGUAACCGGAAAUCCUAGCGAAUCUGCUAGUGAUACAUUUGAUGGGUACAGUUCGAGCUAUGAGUCCGCAUACGACUAUGACCAUAACGACACUACUACAUAUUCUGACGACGAAUUCGAAGCCGAUUAUGACUCUACAGAUACGUAUGAUCCUGACCGCAGCAAUGGAUCCUUCGACACCGGCGAAAAUAUAGCCGAGAUGUGUGAUAUUGCCACAGAUGAGGAUGCAUCCAACAAGAGGAGGCAGCUGACAAUUGCGGAUGUUCCAGGCCUUAUAGAAGGUGCUAGUGCUGGCCGUGGUCUAGGGCAUCAAUUCCUGAAGCAUAUAGAAAAUUCGAACGUACUUGCAUACGUUGUCGACGGCAGCCUUGAGGACCCGUUGACCGACUACCACGACGUGCGCAACGAGGUAGGGCUCUAUAAUGAAGCGUUAUUGUCACGCAUGGAACUCAUACUGAUCAAUAAAAUUGAUCUGAUUGAUGAGUCAAGAGUGCGUGAACUUGUUGACCAAUUCAAACAGGAGUGUAACCAUGAUAGGGUCUUCGCCAUCUCUGCCAAGACUAGGCAAAAUGUGCAUGAAAUAAAGAAAACGUUCGCCAGCAUAUACCAGGACCAUACUGACAACCCAGGACCGAUUCGCGAACCAAUGAAUGUCUCCAUCGACGACCCCAAUGAUUUCAGGAAGCUUAAUCCGCGCAGGUUCAAGGUGGAGAAAGUAGCGGAGGGAGAAUUCAGGAUUAGUUCGAGCUACCUAGAGCGGAAAAUCCCAAUGAUGAGAUUCGAAUUCAGGGAGACGCUGGAUCGACUGCGGCGGAUUCUGCGCACAAAUCGCAUACACUAUAAACUGAGGCGAAUGGGUGUUAAGGCAGGAGAUACGGUUCACGUCGGCGACAUGAGCUUCUACGUAGACGAAUUAGCUUAUUGA